ACCCACUUUCAUUCACGUUUGGGGUCAAACCAAAACGAGACGAGGAUGGUCUUGUAGUUUCUUCAGCAUGUCAAGUUUUUCUCGAUCUGCCCAGCAAUGGGCCACCUUUGCUCGCUCGUGGUUCCUGAUUGAUGCCCGAAUGCAGCCACCUGGGAAAAUAGCAACCAUGUGCUCUGUCAGGCUGCAAGGGAAGCACAAACCUAUUUAUCACGCACUCAGUGACUGUGGUGACCAUGUAGUUGUAAUAAACAGCAAACACAUUGCCUUCUCUGGAAAUAAAUGGGAGCAGAAAGUUUACUCAUCACAUACAGGAUAUCCUGGGGGCUUCAAACAGGUCACUGCUGCACAGCUCCACCAGAAAGACCCCAAAGCUAUCGUGAAGUUAGCUGUGUAUGGUAUGUUGCCUAAGAAUCUGCACAGACGUACCAUGAUGCAGCGCUUGCACAUCUUUCCUGAAAAUGAGCUGCCUGAAGACAUCCGGGCCAAUCUGACAGAGGAGCUGCCUCAGCCCAGGGAAAUUCCCAGGAAGCUCAGCGAGUACACGCAGGAGGAGAUCGAUGCCUUCCCCAGACUCUGGACGCCACCUGAAGACUUCAAGAUGGAGUGAAAAGUCAAAGGAGGCUGCAAAGUGUUGUGACAUGGAUGCCAUGGCGACAUGGAAUGAAAUGACUGCUGAGUUUGCAGUUUUACAACUCAUUUUCCUGCCUUUGUGUUUAAGAGAGGCACUUGUCUUUUUGAUGUCCCAUACAUACAAAUACUUUUUUUUUUUUUUUAAUUAAUUUGUGAUCAGUGUAGCAUAAUUUUGCCUUUAUUGCAAAACUCGACCACCGGAAAUAAAAUUAAAAAGAAAAAAUUAAAGACAAUGCUGUUGUCUUUUCUUUUUUUUUAACAUGCGGUAUGACUAUUUUCGAUCUUAGGUUCACAAAAAAUAGGAAUGUUAAUCCGUCUCAUUACACAUUUAUUAGUUAUAGAAGCAAACAAAAUUUAUGUGAUGCGUCAAGAUUUUGUGUUGUUAAAAAACGACAACAGAAAACAACCAAAUGAUUAUGAUUUGACCACGAAUUAAAGCCGGUGUUCUGCCAAAAUGUCCUACAAGAGGUGAAUUUGACACCCAACUUACUACCCUGCGCUUUCAACUUGUUUUGUUUAGAUGCAUACAGGCAGAGCGUACUAAAAAAUGCCCUUAAAAAAUACUUAAAUGUAGUUAUACCAAAUAAGGACGGUUUAAAUACGCUACGUGACUAAUGUGGUCAACAGAUUAACACUCUGCUUUAAAGCUACCACAAGAAAACACAAUUGUUAAAAGUAUGAGAGGGAAAUGCAUGUUAAAAAUUCAAUAAAAACAAAAAUAGUGAGUACUCGCUGCUUUUAACCGAUGUGCGCAUGCAUGCGGAAGCUUGCGCAAGCGCACUGUGCUUUGUGUAGACGUCUCGCCGCGUAGCAAGAAAUGGCACAACAACAGUCAAGGAGUCUAAGCCCUUUUCAGCUGGAGAACAAUUUCAGAAGAAAAAAAGGUCAACAAGUAAUGGUAAUCAUUGUAUUCUUUGAUGCUAAAUGAGGUGAAUCAACUAACUCAUUCACUGCCAUUGACAGUAAUAGACAUCAAAUCAAUUUGAACAGGGUUAACCCUAAAGCUUGCAAAGAACGAUCAUGUCUCAUUGCCAUUCAAGGCAAUAGCCAUCCAAUCCAUCUGGACAGGGAGGGUCUGGCAGUGAUUGUUCAAAUGGCAGCCAAUGAGUUAAUUUAUGAAGUAACUAACGCUGUUAAAACCGUUAGACUGUUGUUAAUUUGCUUCUUUGGUUUGAGUGUUGUAAGUGGUAAUAUUCCCCA